CUCUCCCCGUGGCAGCAGCAGUAGGAACAGGAAUGCGUGACUGAUCCCUCUCCGAAUGUUUACGCGCCAGAAGCUCUCCCUGCCGUUCCAGUAGUUUGUUUGUUUUGUUUUUGUGUAGUGUGGUAUUUUUUUUUUUUCCCUGCGGAUUUCCCCGAGCGGAUCGGGAAGCGGUCGAGGGGUGCGAUGUUGGGCUGGGACGUGUGCGAGUUGGGCGGGCAGUUCUUCCAGCUGCUGUGGCUGACAGUUUGCUACAGAGAUAUCAUGGCCGACAAGGAGACCGAACCCGCAGUGCCUGCUGAGGACGACGAGACCGACCUGAACUACCAGCCCCCGGCGCAGAAAUCGCUGCAGGAGAUCCAGGAGCUGGACAAGGAAGACGAGAGCCUCAACAAGUACAAGCAGGCCCUGCUAGGAGCUGGCCCUGUGGUGGCUGAUCCCACCAUCCCUAAUGUGCAGGUGACCCGGCUGACGCUCAUAUGUGAUGCAGCCCCCGGACCAAUCACCAUGGACCUCACAGGUGACCUGGAAGCCCUGAAGAAGCAGAACUUCACCCUGAAGGAGGGGGUGGACUACAGGGUGAAGAUCCAUUUCAAAGUCAACAGGGACAUUGUGUCUGGACUGAAGUAUGUGCACCUGACCUAUAGGAAAAACUUGAGAGUGGAUAAGGCGAUGUACAUGGUAGGCAGUUACGGGCCCAAGCUGGAAGAGCACGAGUUCAUGACCCCCGUGGAGGAGGCCCCCAAGGGCCUGCUGGUGCGGGGCGGGUACCACAUCAAGUCCCAGUUCACCGAUGACGACAAGACCGACCACCUGUCCUGGGAGUGGAACCUGCAGAUUAAGAAGGAGUGGGAUGCGUAGAACACGAUCCGACCCCUUCAGACAGGCACACCCUACUCCCACCAAUCCAUGCGUGACUGACACACGCAUAUCCAAAAAAAAAUUUAAAAAACGACAAAAAAUAAAAAAUCUACAAAGAUGAGGUUGGGUUGUGUUUGGAGCCGUGCAGAGAUAAAAAGCACACGCAGAUGUAAGUGAUGAUAAAUGUGUUAAUCUGGGCCUAAGUUUGGGGCGUGGGUGGG